CAGGAAGCCAGCCCCUGGGCGCGGUCUGCAGGGGGCAGGCGAUCGCGCGGAAGCGGGGGCAGGCCGAGGCCUGAGCGGGUGCCGGCUCGGCAGCUGCCCGCAGCCACAGGGAGUCCUCGCCGCGCGUUCGGCCGGUGCGCCCUCCUCCGCCCGCGGACUCCGCGCUGCGCGCCACCGCUUACAUGUGUGCCGCCCGGAUGCCGCCCCUGGCGCACAUCUUCCGAGGGACGUUCGUCCACUCCACCUGGACCUGCCCCAUGGAGGUGAUACGGGACCACCUCCUUGGUGUGAGCGACAGUGGCAAAAUAGUGUUUUUGGAAGAAGCAUCCCAACAAGAAAAGCUGGCCAAAGAAUGGUGCUUCAAGUUGUGUGAAAUAAGAGAACUGAGCCACCAUGAGUUCUUCAUGCCUGGGCUGGUCGACACACACAUCCAUGCCCCUCAGUACUCCUUUGCCGGGAGUAAUAUGGACCUCCCACUUUUGGAAUGGUUGACCAAGUACACAUUUCCUACAGAACACAAAUUCCAGAGCAUUGACUUUGCUGAAGAAGUAUAUACCAGAGUUGUUAGGAGAACACUAAAGAAUGGAACAACCACAGCUUGUUACUUUGGAACAAUUCACACUGACUCAUCACUGCUUCUUGCGGAAAUUACAGAAAAAUUUGGGCAGCGGGCAUUUGUGGGCAAAGUUUGCAUGGAUUUGAAUGAGACUGUUCCAGAAUACAAAGAAACCACGGAGGAAUCAAUCAAGGAAACAGAGAGAUUUGUGUCAGAAAUGCUCCAGAGGAAUUAUUCUCGAGUGCAGCCCAUAGUGACACCACGUUUUCCCCUUUCCUGCUCUGAGACUUUGUUGUGUGAACUCGGAAACCUCGCGAAGGCCUGUGAUUUGCACAUUCAGAGCCAUAUAAGUGAAACUCGUGAUGAAGUUAAAGCUGUGAAAAACUUAUACCCUGGUUAUAAAAACUACACAGAUGUAUAUGAUAAAAACAAUCUUCUGACAAAUAAGACAGUGAUGGCACAUGGCUGCUACCUUUCUGAAGAAGAACUGGAUGUAUUCAGGGAACGAGGAGCGUCCAUCUCGCAUUGUCCCAAUUCUAACUUAUCGCUCAGCAGCGGCCUGCUCAAUGUGCCAGAGGUCCUGAAACAUGGAGUGAAGAUAGGGCUGGGUACAGAUGUGGCUGGUGGUUAUUCAUCAUCCAUGCUUGAUGCAAUCAGAAGAGCAGUGAUGGUUUCCAAUAUCCUUUUAAUUAAUAAGAUAAAUGCAAAAAGCCUCACCCUCAAUGAAGUCUUCAGACUAGCUACUCUUGGAGGCAGCCAAGUCCUGGGGCUGGAUAGAGAGAUUGGAAAUUUUGAAGUGGGUAAGGAAUUUGAUGCCCUCCUGAUCAACCCCAAAGCAUCUGACUCUCCCAUUGACCUGUUUUAUGGAGAUUUUGUUGGUGAGAUUUCUGAGGCUGUUAUCCAGAAGUUCCUAUAUCUAGGAGAUGACCGAAAUAUUGAGGAGGUGUAUGUGGGCGGAAAGCAGGUGGUUCCCUUUUCGAGCUCAGUGUAAGGCCCUCGGUGUCUACAAGUCUUCCUUGGGUAACACAGUUCUGUACCUUCUCGUGCCCACGUGGAGUUAGGAGUCAAAAAACAGUACCUUGUUCUUGGGGGGACUAUCUCCCUCUGUGUCUAGUUACAGUAUUCACUUGACAAAUCUUUUGAAGGAAGUUGUGCUAAUUCUCAGCUCUGGUUGUGGGAGGAUUAAAAAUUUCUCCUUUUAGAACUGUUUACGGUUUACUUUAAAGCUCAAACAUAAAGGAAUGUUAUUACUGGUGGUGUUCUUAUUAUGGGAUUUAAAUAAAAUCUAUUUCACAUUUGGAAAUGUGGAGAAAAAAGAAUAUUCCUAUAAGGUUAGUUUCAGCUAGUAGAUGUGAAAAUUGGAAAACAGAAAAUGAACCAGUGAGUAUAUUUUUACAAGGGAGGAAAAGUUAAGACUAUGAAAAACAUUGGAAAAUCACUUCGGAUUGUGUUUGAAAAUUAUAUACUGAGCAUACUAAUUUAAAAAGUGAAUCUGUUGAAUUUUAAAAUGUGUUUCUAGAUUGACCUUGUGUUCUGGAAAUUUGCACUUAAUGGCAUUUGCUUUUCAAAGACGUGUUAUUGUUGUGCUUUGCCUUCUUAUGAGAUGAAAUGUCAAAUAUUGAAUGCCACAUGCUGUCUUAAUAUAGUUCUGUGCUUAAGUGUUUGACAGAAGUUGGUUAUUAAAGACUUAAUGUCUCUUGGGAAUAUUAUUCACAUAACUACAUAGCAUAAAUAGCUGUACUUUUGUGUACUUUAAAAUACCUUAGAGUAUAACUGUGUGAUGCUAUUAUUGCUUCAGUUUUAUCAGAAGAGAAACAAAUUCCAUACUGCACUUUUGUGUAGAUUGGUGUCUUCAUAAAUUGGGGCAAGUUCUGGGCAUCCAGAAGGUGUCAGUACUAAAAGGAAGGGUUUCAUUGUGAUAACCUGUCCUCCCAAAGAACUAUUCCACAGUCGUUGGGACUUUCAUACUCAUGUCAAUCUGUUAGAACUUUAAAAUGAAGGAAAAAUCCUAUUUGAUAAAUAUUAUUAAAAAUCUUUAAACCCUGCAUAUUGAAAUUACUCUAUUUUCAAUUUUACCUUGCCUUUUUAAUUCCUAAUAAUUUUCAAGACAUUAGAAUUCUAGGAUGAUGAAAAAUAUUUAGAUGCCCCACUAAUGUUUAUAUUAAUAGGACUUAAUCUGUACUAGACAUCUAGAAACAGUAAACAAAUAGUGUUUUUAUGCUUCCUAUAUAGUGCGCUUUCCUAUAACCUAGAAUUAAAAACAAAUUAUGACUUUAUGAUAAAAUCACUAAGAAAUAUUGAUAUUUAAAUGCUAUUUUUAAAUGCUAUACUUAAUGUUAUUUAGAUGCUAUAUUUUUCUCAUUUAACUCCAAACCCUAUAAACCAACAAGAAAAAGGAGAUUUUCUUAAUAUAUGAUAACACUCAUACCUAGGGCUUAGAGCUGACUCCUUAUUAUCACCUCAUAGUAGAGAACUAUAUGUAAUAUCACUAACUCCAUAUCUACAGAAUGAAGAAAAAAAUUUCUUCUCUGGUACAAUAAAUUUUAUUCUUAUACA